CAUCACUCAACAGCUGCAGAACCUCAAAAGUGCUAUAAUUUUUUGACUUGAAAUAUAAGCUUCUCUCUUCACCAGCUAUGACAGAAGAAAUAACAUAUGCGGAUCUGGAAUUUAAUAAAUCUUAUGCACUGGAAAAUAUCCCAAAGCCUGCUGCUCCUGAGGAAAAAGCGCUCCACUCUUCAUCCUCCACAUGGCGUCUGGCUGCCUUGACUUUCCUCAUACUGUGCUUGGCAUUGCUGCUAGGGAUGUUAGCCCUGGGGAUUGUGUUUUUUCAGGUUUCCAAUGACUUCCAGAAACAAUUUGGGAACCUCAUGAGGAACCAGGAAACUCUGGAAACAAAUUUUUCAAAAAGGCUGCAAGACAUGAAAGAUCAUUUGUGUCUUAAAGGAGAGGAAAAUAAUGAGAAUAAUGGAUCCAGUUGUACGCUCUGCCCUGCAAACUGGCAAUGGAUGGGAGGUGACACCUGUUUCUACAUAUCAACGCAGAAGAGGUCAUGGGAAGAGAGCCAGAGGUUCUGUUCCUUACAGAAUUCCACCUUUCUCAUGCUAAAACACCAGCAUAAGCUGAACCAUGUACCUCCAAGAGAGAAUACCCAAUAUUAUUGGAUUGGUUUACACAAAUCUGGAGAGAACAGCUGGUAUUGGACGGAUGGCUCAGCUCUUUUGACACAGAAAGAAGAUUGGAUUGAGUUGUAUUCAUCCUAUAAUUGUGGCUGCCUAUAUAGAGGAAAAAUUUAUAAUGACCACUGCACAGAGAAGCACUUCUGGAUCUGUGAGAAAGCAGCUGUCAAACUAAGAGCAUGAAAUACAGUGAAACAUGUGAGCUGACAGUCUCCAGAUCCAUUCGUCUAGGUUUGCUGGAUUCUCACUGAAAGGCUCUCCUCUCUGAAAUGUACUGCCUCGCAGAUCCAAUCGAGGGCUCCUCUUCACAGAUGUUGCACUGGUGUAUCUGGGGCAGAGUGGGCUGAUGUGGUGUCUUGCUGUCAAAAGUUGGGGUGGGUCUUAAAUGUAGAUUUCAGUUGAAUUUUGUACAAUUU